AUGACCUCUCGUACUCCACUUGGCCCAAAAACAGCCCUCGACACCCAGACACUCUCCCUGCCUUACACCCAAGCCUCCGUAACACGCACAAUCCUCUCCUGUGCUCCUCGCAAGCCUCCGUCCCAACCCACCACCUCUUCCUCCCCUUCUCCCUCGGCAUGGUUCGCCUACGAGAUCGUCUACUGGUCCCUCGACCCCGCGCGCGACAAGAAGGAGAAGCCAGAAUUCAGGGUCUUUGAGGCGUUUGAUGGUGAAGCGCCGGAAGGACUGACGAGGCUGAAUGAGGAGUUGCAUUUUAGUGCGAGGUGUGAGGGGCGGAAGGCGAGGGUAUUGGCGAGUAAGGUGCCAGCUGCGAAGAGGGUCGAGAUUGGUGCUGAGGAGGGGUUGGAGGGUGAAGGGGAGGGUGAACAGGAGAGGUUGGAUAUAGCGUUUAUCGCGCAUAUCCCUAUAAAACCCUCAUGCCUAUCUCAAGCCAAGGCCUUCCUAAUCGGUCCCUACGCCGCUGCGAUCCACGCCGAAUCCUGUACCCAACACUGGUACGCCUUGCAGCUCGACGACACGACGCUGGGCCUCUUCGGCGCGUGGAAGGGCGAAGAAGAGCUGAGGCAGCAUAUGGAGGGCGGGGCUGUUGAUAUGUUGGAUCGGGGCAUAGAGCCGUUCAUGUCUGGUCCAUUCGAUAGGAGGAAGGGGAGCAUGAUUGCAUAUAAGAUCUGA